AUGUCGGUCGUAAACGAUGAACAAGAAACGCCUGCAGCACUCCCAGAGAUCCAAAUCGAUCCUACCACUCCCGAACUCGACAUCCCAGAGGCCAGAGACGGAUUCUACACCUACGCAGAGGAGAAGACACAACAACAGGUUGACGAGAAGUACUGGGCCCAUCGAAGGGGGUCGGAGACGGCCUCGGAGGGCACGGCCGCCUCGUUUGUCGGCAACUUCAAACUUUCGCAGCUGCAUUCUACCGCCCCGCCGGGGGAGGUUCCCACAGGAGGAGAUCCGUUUGUCGAGGAAGAGGACGAAAAGCGUAUGAAGGAGGAAGUUUUUGUCCCAGAAACGACGUUGACUUCGGAACUCAUGCAGCUCUUCCAGUCUUUCCAGCGCUGUCUAGAACUGCGAGACAAGUACACAUCCAAGUCGCGCCAACGACUGGGGGAUGAUCCAAGACACUACGAUGGCGCGUUUCCUGGACUGGACGACAAAUCAGCUGGCGUUUCCGGUGUGCGGCCCGAUGCCAACCUCACGGCGAAUGUGCCUCCCAAGCCACGCCCUGACAAAUGGAAAAUCUACCCUAAACCACCUCCGCCCCAUUGGCACUGGACAGACACCUCGGUCGUCAGCACAGGUCUCGAUGGAUUCGCCAACGGGAGUGGUUUUCGCAUAGAAGAGUGUCCUAUCCCUGGCGCGCAUCCGUAUUCGUUCGAAAUCGAUGACAAAGGUGUCUUCCAGGUGUACGACAACGACGAGUCAGAAGCAACGAACGACGAGCGGACUCCGGUUUACGACAUUCCAAGUAUCCGCGAAUACUUCGUCGACCUCGACUACGUCCUCGGCGUCAUUUCUCAUGGUCCGACUAAAAGCUUCGCAUAUCGGCGGCUCAAGUAUCUGGCCAGCAAAUUCACGAUGUACUCACUGUUGAACGAGUUCCAAGAGCUUUCCGACAUGAAGGUCUCAAGUUCCUCAUCGGUACAAUCAAGCCGAACUUUGCGAUUUCAUCUUACCCGCUAUGGCAGUGACUUCUACAACGUCCGAAAGGUCGACACGCAUGUGCACCAUUCGAGCAGCAUGAACCAGAAGCAUUUGCUUCGGUUUAUCAAGUCGAAAAUGAAGCGGAGUCCGCAGGAUGUGGUAAUCUUUCGCGAUGGCAAAGCCCUGACGCUGCAAGAAGUGUUUCAGUCGCUCAAGCUGACUGCGUAUGACCUGUCUAUCGAUACGUUGGAUAUGCACGCCCACUCGGACUCCUUCCAUCGCUUCGACAAGUUCAAUCUCAAACGGACAACUAUAUCAAGGGGGAGAUACCUAGCGGAGCUAACGAAAGGUACGUCUCAGUCUAAACCGAUCGACUUUAUACCUGCUGAAGAACGCAUAGAGAUAAUGACUGAUUUGGAGCAGUCCAAAUAUCAGAAUGUCGAAUGGCGCGUCAGCAUCUAUGGGCGCUCGCCUUCUGAAUGGGACAAUCUCGCAAAAUGGAUAGUUAACAACAAAUUGUACUCGCACAAUGUGCGCUGGCUCAUCCAAGUUCCUCGGUUGUACGACAUCUACAAGGCCAACGGGUCGAUACAAACGUUCCAGGACAUUAUUCUCAAUGUCUUUCAACCGCUCUUCGAGGUCACUCAGGAUCCGCGAAAGCACCCUGAACUGCAUGUUUUCCUUCAACGUGUUAUUGGGUUCGACACUGUUGACGACGAGAGCAAGGUUGAACGACGAAUAUACAAGAAGUAUCCAUAUCCGAAGCUCUGGGAUACGAAGGAUUCGCCGCCGUAUUCUUAUUGGAUCUACUACAUGUUUGCGAAUAUGGCGAGCCUGAAUCGCUGGCGGCAAGAACGAGGGUUCAACACCUUCGUUCUUCGACCCCAUGCUGGUGAGGCGGGCGAUACAGAUCAUCUGACUUCGGCCUUCCUCACCUCCCAUUCCAUCUCGCAUGGCAUCCUGUUGCGCAAAGUCCCGGCCUUGCAGUACCUGUUUUACUUGAAGCAGAUUGGCAUUGCGAUGAGCCCGCUGAGCAACAAUGCGCUCUUUUUGGCGUACGAGCGGAAUCCGCUUCCCGACUUCUUCAAGACGGGGCUGAACGUGAGCUUGAGCACGGAUGACCCGCUGCAGUUUCACUUCACCAAGGAACCUCUUCUUGAAGAAUAUAGUGUUGCGGCACAUAUUUACAAGUUUCCGCAAAGCUCGUUGGCCGAGCUUGCCCGCAACUCCGUCAUCCAAAGCGGUUUCGAGAUGGAGAUCAAACGACACUGGCUCGGACACCAAUGGUACCUUCCCGGUGCGGCGGGGAACGAUAUCCACAAAACGAAUGUGCCCAAUAUCCGGCUGGCGUACCGGCACCAGACGCUGUUGGAGGAGCUGAAUAUGAUCAAUAUGAUUGGCUCUGGGUCUGGCUCGGGGUCUGUGUCGGCGGUGGCGGGGACCGGGAUGGUGCAGCCGACCCCGGACGCGGUUGCGGCGCGUGCGAUGGGCGCUGGGCUAGCUAUCGCACCCAGGUCGGGGAAGCACACAGUUUGCUAA